AUGGGCGAUAGCGUGAAAACGUACGAUAAUAUCUUUGACACAAUAUUGGAUAGUUUCUCUAUACCUAUCGAAUCCUUAGUUGAGGCAACUUCUGUGAAACGACAUCAAGCAGUUAAAAAGCUCCGUAAAAAGAAAUUGGAGAAUAAAAACUUGUCAAAAAGUUCUUUAUUUGAAAAAGGUGCGAGAACUACCUCCUCAAUUCUAUUUCAACAACUAGAGCAAUCAGAACAACCAACUUCAAAACCACAGGCAUUAACGGAUAUUGAUAAAGAAGACCAAAUGGUUGAGGAAACUCAUUUGACUUCCAGCAUGACCGCCACUCUGACAAAGAAGCCCACAACGACAAAGACGACUCAUAAUACAACAACACCACCAGCAAUUCAAAACAGUCGCGAGUCAAUAGACGAACAUUGUAUUAACGCCGCUUGUCUUAAAUUUUCCUUUAAUUAUUAUUCACUUCGAAUGCUCAUACUGUUCUUACUCGGAUCCCUUACCUCGUUUAUAAUUGAUCAUUUACUCACGCAAAAUCACAUCACACAAUACCCAAAGGACAUUGUUAAACUGGUGAACACCGCUGCUUGGAUACCACCUACUUGCGGUUUUUCAGCGGUAUUGGUGGGUUCAAUGUUUCCAUUGGCGGAUUAUUGGUUUCAAAAAAAACCACAGGAAUUUCAGCGAGAAUGGAGUAAUGUCAUGAGAUGUUUGGGAGGAUUCAUUGGCGUCGCAUAUGCUGCAACGAAAUUACCGUGGAAUAGUAGUUCGCAAGUUUCGUUGACAUUGGCAUUAAUUUCGGUGGUAUUAUGGUUUCUUUUUGAUCGAACGUUCCACGGAUUUGUGAUGUCGGUGCUAUUUUCGUCGAUAGGUACAGGUGUGAUGUACGUAUUAGUUUCUUGUGGAAUAUACAG